AUGAAUUCGAAGAUGUUGAAUCGAGAAAUGUAUGGGGAUUUAAAAUUGGGUAUUAUAACUGAUGAUGAUAUGCCGUUGUAUUACAAAAAACUUCAAAAUUUGGAUGGAAAAUCAUACGAAGCCUAUCUUGAAUCAACACCGCAAUUUCGCAAUCCGGAUGGCCUUCAAGUUUUGUGUGCUCGUAUGGGAAUACCACGUUCUUCAGCUUGUAGCCUGCUGUUUUGCAUUAACAAAAUCCGUUUACCUAAAUCAGAGAUGGCUUGUGAAUUAAGGCGAACACAGUUGCUCAAUUUCUCCAUGAAACAUGUUGCUCAAGGCGUAAAAUAUUUCAAAGAAAGUCGAAAUACAGAAGCUCUACAGUGCUAUAAUUUUGCAAUUGAAGUGGAACCCACUAAUCCUGAUGCUUAUGUUGCUCGUGGUGCUCUUUAUGCGUCAAUUGGAACGUAUACAAAAGCAGUUGAAGAUUUGGAGAAAAGCCUUGACAUUCAACCAAAUCAUGUAAAUGCUAAAAAUUAUCUGGGUCAAACACUAGUCGCCUAUGCUGGAGAGAUCGGACGUAAAGAAAUAAGCAAAGCAGAACAGUUGCUAAAUCGAGCACUGAAAUUAGAUCCGGAUAAUAAUGAGGCUCGAGAUGCUCUGAAAGAACUGCAAACUAACGGAUCUCUUUCGGCCACCAAAGACACUGGUUUGCGAUCGUGGUCACGUACGCCUUCUCCACGUGGUUCAGGUCGAAAUGUUGGGAACAGACGUGAGCAAACUCCUCUUUCUCCAGGUGCCACUCGGCCAACUGCAGGUUAUGCAACGCAUAUGGAGCGUAGUAGAGCGGCUUUAGAGCAGCUUGUUGAGGAAGACCGUAGUCGACGCGCUGCUAAGGAGGCGAAUCGUCAAAAUCACGGACCUGAACAAAGUCCUCCAGGAUUUUAUUCUCCUAGUCGUUCUCAUGACCGAAGAAGAGGAGCAGGAGGGGACUAUUCUCGCGAUGAUAUAAAAUCAACUACUGCCGCUGCAGACAAAUCAAAUAUGGAUCGUGGUGACUUGUCAAAAAUUGUAAUAACUCGCAAUCAAACCGGACGUAUUAUACGCUGUAAGGAUGAUGAUGAGAUAGGCGAUGAAUCAACGAACAGCCGAUCAGAUAACUUUUGGAAACGCUCAUAUGAUGAUGAUCGUCAUGAGAUUCAUUCUUUCCUCAAUACUGUAUCAUUCGAAGUUCAUGAUUCUCGUUGCUUGAUUCCUAAAUAGAUGUUAACAUACAAAAUAAAGCUAAUGUGCGCAGAAUCAUAGGUGUAUACUGGCUGAUGAUUUACACAAUCAUACUUCCACUUAAUCUGCAUUUACGUCUAAUUCUGAACCCCAUAAUUAUGCAACUGACGCUUAUGCUACCCUAUCAUUUACUGAGGUGCAACAACUACUUCAGGGUCCGAAAACAGGUUCACAUACGGGCUGCAAACAGAACCCGUUAUCUUAAAUUGUCGCAGUUAUGCAGCAACAAAUAGACCAUGAGUACACUACACUGACGCACCGCUGUCGUGCUACAGACAGUUUGAAAUUAAUUGACAAAUAGAAAACAGUCACGUUAAUAUAUCAUCUUCUAGACUAUUAAGAUACACAGUGGAUAUCACAGCUAAUAACGAAGAAUAAACAGGAAAAAAAUUUGAUGGUAAUCACGGCAACGAACCUUAGCUCGAAGGUGUCUUGUAAGUGCCGCAUACGUAUUGCAAUCUUCAGACCGUCGAAUUUUUAUUUCCCUCACAGACAACCUUUUUGGUUUUCGUCCAAAUUGAGUUUCGCAACAUUUCGAAGAAGUGGGUUGAGGGAAAACGUCAAAAGAUGAUGGCCCGAAGAUAGUUUCUUCCAUCUGUUGAGUGUAAAUCAACGUCAGCUUCGCAAACCAUUUGAAGUAUGCUCCAACCUUGCAAAGUG